GCGGUAAUGUCGGUGCAGUAGUGUUGCGUCUCGCGUGUCUCGCCGAACACCGACGAUGACGUCUUCCUUGUUGUGACUAUGAGCGACUCGCGCUCGUGACGAGGAUCAUCGAGCACGUCGUACACCGGUCGUCGUCGUGUUCGCCUUCGUCCAUAUCGUCGUUGUUUUCCCUCGAUCAGGGGACGCCGUCGGAGCGUGUACGACGUGGACUUGUCGCGUUCGUCGUCGCCGGUUUCUCAAUCGGACGCACACGGGCUGAUCGGGGUGCACUAGUGAUUCGUGGGAGGCGCGAAUUUCGUCGCCUUUUUCUCGAUCGGGCGCGGACGAGAACCGAUCGAGACGUGUCGGAACAAGAUUUCGCGUACGACGUGAACUCAGCCGCUUGUCACCGCUAUUUCAAUAUCUCAAUAAGUGAGGCGCGCGCGGGCCAAUAGAUGCGCGCCGUUGGUUCGUGUGUUGCAUGACGGGACUCGUCGUUGCACUGUGUCGGCCGACCGUUGGAAAAUUGAAGGUGAUCGCGCAAAGUAAAGCGUAUUUCUCAGCGGAGCAGCUGUUUUUCCAGCCGGUGUCCGGAAAGAUCCGUUUGAAUAUCUCGAGCGUCCUUGCGCGAGGGGAAAUUUCAACGCAUGGAAUAGCCGGUGGUGUGACGUCGCGAGUGACUAUACGAGUUUCUGCGUGCAGCAGGCUGCGUUUCCGAAUCGGACGCCAUUUCCAACAAGAAGUCGUCGAGUUACGUUUUCGGGAGCGAGUCGUCGCGCUUCAGCCGGUGAGUUGAUCUAUUCCGUUUCGUCGUCGCCGAAUUCUUCGUUCUCAGUGCAGCGUUUGCCGAAGACGAGUAAUUGAAAACGGACUCGUCGAUCUGCCGUCGUGGAUAUCAAGUUUACGUGACAGUGAAGGCGAGUACGUCGCGAGUUUCAAGGUCGUCCGAAGGUGACGAGUCGUGAAUUCGUUCGCGGGCGUCGUGCCGUUGUAGUCGAGUUUUGUGUUUUCCAACGACGGGAGCUUCCGCGAAGUACACCCUCACGAAGAUCCCGUGGUGUCGAUCUCGUGUUAACCUCACUCUACGAUCGUCUUCCAUUCGGCGCGAGCCGAUCUCGCGUCGACGAAGAAAAAGCCGCGAAGUCGCGCCGAAGUCCUUCUCAACGACAACGCGGGUCGUUCGCGAGAUUUGCUCCCUUGCCGGAUCUCUCGAAACGGACGAGACUUGGCAGGUCAUCUCCGCAGCUCGUCAUCUCGCGGUGCGCGCAACGACACGUCGUGCGGAAAUUGCGCCUCGUUUUCUCAUCGAUCUCGCGACACCACGCGACGACCACGUUACUCGCGCCAGCGGAUGAUCUCUCGCGAACGUGCGGGUAGAACGACAUCGUUUUCUGUUUAUAUAUUUAUUUUUUUUUUCUUUUUGAAAGAGAUACGUUUCGCCGAGAUCGUCGCCGAUUCGUGCAUCAAUCUCGAAAGCUCGUUUCUCUUCGCGUAAAUAGACACUGUAAGGCCAGAGUAAGUGAUGCAGCCCUGAGUGGCAGCGUGCCGGAUUCGAUCCUGCGAGGCACAUCCGAAGGGUGCAGCAAUACACAAAAGACCCAGAACGCGUCGGGAUUUAUCGAGACACGCUCGGGGCGACUGCUGUCGUGUGGCGCGUCGUUGGGAAGGACCGAGUGGUCCCUCUAAAUUUUUCCCCAAAUCUUCCGCCGUAUCUCCCUCUCUUUCUCCCUCCUCUCGCACCACAUGAAAUAGAACAAGAUUCGACCGGUCGUUUGCCUUCCAGCUCGUCACGGCUGCUGCUCCGCCUUCGCAUUUACCCGAGGACCCGGACGAGAGAAGCGGUGUAAAAACUGAGACAUCGACCGGACGAUCGUAUCAUCGACGACGAGCGCCGGUUCUCCGACUCGAUCGUACAUCUCGUAAUGAGCCGAGGAGCGGUACAUGUCAAGCGGCGAACGUGACCGCCGCAAAUCGUCGCCGCCGCGUGUCUCAGGGUCGUCGGUCCCGAGGCGACGCUCGUUAAAGACUGCGGUCGAUCGCGCGCCGACGAGAAUGUCGCGCUAGAGAACCAUAGGUCCGAUUUAUUCGCCGAAACGAUCCUCGCGCCUCGAUGGACGUUGUGACGUCGUCUGGAAGGUGGCCUCGCGGGAUGGUAGCUGCCAAGCACAGCGGAUAAAGGAACGGAAUCGUCGAACGAGGAGCUGCGGGGAGAGAGAGGGGAGGAGAGGAAGAAAGGACGGACGAGCGUAGACCGUUUUAAAAGAGUCGAACAAGCGCGGGGGCGUAGCCGGGCCUACACGAGCGCAACGAGAUAGAGGAAGAAAGGAAGAGAGAGCCGAGAUGACCAUGGCGAGCAACAUCGUGGUCGAGUGGCUGCGGUCGCUCCACCUCGGCCAGUACUCGGAGUCAUUCAUCGACAACGGCUACGACGACCUUGAGAUCUGCAAACAGAUCGGCGAUCCGGAUCUCGACGCGAUCGGCGUCUUCAAUCAGACGCACCGCGCCCGUCUAUUGCAAUCGGUCAAGACUCUGCGCGAAGAGGGUGCCGCGAGUGUAUAUUUUACGCUGGAGGAGACGAACGACUGCAUCAAUUGCGACAACGUCAGCUCCAAGUCGUCGAGAACGUCGUCCGAGAGGCCACCCAGCGAUAAGGAAGUGCAACGCGCGUCGCCCACGGCCAGUUCCUCCAGCGGCGGUCAAGAGCUGACCAAGUUCGCGGACGAGUACGAGGAGGGCAAGGCCGAGCUGGUGAGAAUUCCCAGGAUGCAGCUGAGGAUGUUGCUGCAGGAGAAACUGCGACACGACGGCAUCAGACUGGCCUGCCAACCGUACACUACACCGGAGGGCGAAAGGGGGUACUUGGAGGGCCUCGCUUCGAGGUAUGCGGACCUUUUCAGAACACAUUAUGGAGACGUCCUGGAGCCGCUGGAGGAGCUACGUCGGCGAGAAACAAAUGCUUCCUCCAGGAUGCCCAACACUCAGCUCACCACCAGUCAUUCGCAGCCCAUUUACGUGCCCGGGAAAUACUCGCCCUCGAGCUGCCUCAGCGACAAGGAGGAGGAUGAAAUCUAUGGCUUCGGAUACGGGGUCUUCAGCAGGCAGAUGCUCCAACAUCGACAGCAGAAGCUUGCGCUCGCCACGCAAAACACGACCGCCGUGACGCCGGGUGGGCCUCAGGCGGCCUACCAAAGCUGUCUGAGCCCGAGGUCCGCGUUCUUCUACGAGUUCCCGCCUAACGAACAAGGACAAAAUACUAGCAAGAAGAAGACGACAUUUUCGAGGCUCCUGCGAGGGUUAAAAACUCACAGAAAAGAGAAACAAGGACAGACCCAAGGCUCUCCCAGGCACGGCCGCGCAAGGAUGGGCGUACCUCAAAGAGUUGACACACCGGACAGUGUUUUGCAAAGUGGUUUGGGUCUCGGACCCGACAUGGGACACACGAUACUCCGUUCGAUGGUGGAUCCUCGAGAUUACGACCGACUGCGAUACCUACAGAUGAACGGUGGCCAAGCGAACAGUUUCGAAGAAACUAUACAGAGGAUACUGAGGGAUAUCCGGCAAGGUUUAAUGCAGCUAGGACGAGACGGACGGGGUCAGCUCCCUGGAGACGACACGUAUAUGUACGACGAAGACGCGCGAUGUGGAGGUGCUGGUGGUUUAGGCCCCGGACCAGGCGGUCAACACUGGUACGACGAACCACCCUACGAGUCGGAUCCCGAAGACUUUCUUAUGGGGGCCAGUGGCGGCCCGGUGCCUACCGCGACUAUCCAAAAUGGAAGGGUAUGCUUCACGCUGAACCUGAGGCCGGAGAACCGGGGCGAAGGUGUGAUCUCUCUUCGAACAGCCGGCGAUAUCAGCUUGCCGCGCGAUCGUUCGAGGAAAGGUGCGACGUCGACGAUGCGAGGUCUCAUCGUUCCUCAGGGUCACAAUAAUCCGCCGACGAUUAUACCCCUGACACACUCGAGGGCCUCUCGUGAGAGCGGAGAUUACGCAAGUAGCGACGUGCAGAGUGUGAGCUCGAGACUGUCGACUGUGUCGGUGGACACGAGUAGGAGCGACCAGCCACCUCCGGUGGCGGGCGCGCGCCAUCCAGCCGACCGGCCGGAGCACCACCACGAGCACCGUCACAACCAUCGCCACCAUCAUCACGAACAUCACCAUUCGGUCUCACCCCGACCCAAUCAGCGUCACCCCGCCACCACUAGCACGACCGUUACCGCCAACACCGCCGACGCAACGUCACCGCAAAGCAACGCGCAACGUCGCCCGGUUCCCAGAUAUAGCCGGAGUAGCGGCGAGGAGGGACUGUCGCCGAGCCAGAGCAGCGACUACGAGGAUCAAGAAGAACUCGAGAAUCAACACUCGGCCGCCGUGCACACAUCGGAGGCCAGCGCGCUGCUGGAGGGCGACGCCAGGGCGGGAAUCGCCGGUCGAGCGAGGAAUUUGAGGCACGACGUGCAGCGAAAGAUCUCGAGGCUGCGCCAAGACCGCGCGUCCUCGGAAGCUUUCCCGUGCAGCGCGAGCAGCGUCGAGAGUCUCCCGAGCGGAAGCGGCUCCAGCACGCAGGCAUUGGUCCGCGCAGGAAGCAAUCACAGCUCGAUAUCCUGCGAGGACCGGGAUGCCAUCAGCCCGACGUCCAUCGGCCCGGUUCUCUGCAGAGCGAGAGCGCUGGUGGACUACACUCCUAGCCCGUACGACAAGGACGCGUUAAAGUUCAAGAAAGGGGACGUAAUCGAUGUGGUGCAGAUGAACAAGAGCGGACUGUGGAAGGGCGUCGUGCACAACAGGAUAGGCCACUUCAAGUUCAUAAACGUCGAGAUACUGAACGACAGGGUGCCCAGGCGGGGAGAGCCGGAGCGGGGCAAGUGGGGUCAGAGAUACAGGCAGAAGCCGGGCUCCGUUCAAGAGCUCUUGCAGCGAAUGAAUCUUCAGGAACAUAUUCCAGUUUUUGUGCUGAACGGAUACGAGGAUCUGGAGCUCUUCAGGGAGUUAGAGGCGGCGGAUCUGGACUAUUUGCGUAUACAUCAGCCCGAGCAUCGCGCCAAGAUACUCACUGCCGUGCAGCUCUUGCACGAUCUGCAGUCGGGCAGCGAGGGCGACCUGGCCUCGAGUUCAGAGGGCGACGAGGUCAACCGUCUGGUCUUAACCUCCGGCCAGACGUCCGGCCACUGUUCUCCCUUUAACCGACGCCAGUUCCCGCGGGACUCGGGCUGCUACGACGCGCACAAGAAUACGACCAGUCGGCGGACCAUCAGCCCGGAAUCAACGACCACGUCGGCGAAGGUGUCGAGGGAGAACAAUCUGGACGGCGCGACGUCGGCGGCCGCGAAGAACGCUGCCGGCGCGGUCGCCGCGGAGGGCGCGGACCCGAAGGAUGACUUCCAUCCUAACAUACCGAUCGCGAGCGCGAGCCAGAAGGAAGCUCAGUUCGAGAAGUCGCCGUUGCUGCGCAGCGGCAACGUGCGUUUCAUCGCGAAGAGGGGCAACUUCGGCGAGACGGUGGUGAUCGAGGACGCCUGCGAGGCCGGCCAGAAACUCGCCGGCAUGGUCAAGUACGUGGUGGGCGGUAGCAGCGACCUCGAGGCCGCCGGCAACGUCACCGGCCUCGGCCAACGCGGCUGUCUCAGCGAGAAGUCCAGCGACUCCGGCGUCAGCUCGUCCAGCAUCAGCUCGGCGCCGCCGCCGCGGGACAAGGUGCUCGCUUCCGCUAGCGCCGCGUCCGACUCGCCGACCAAGAAUUUCGGUAGCUUUACCAGGGCGUCGCCGACCUCCCAAGGUGGCAGCAAGGGUCAUGACGGGGGUUACCAAUGAGAGAGGCAGAUCGGGUCGACGAGUCGCGGCGCGACUCUGAGCGCGAGACUGAAGACGGCGGAGGUAAGGGAGUCGCGUGAUUGACGCAGGAGACUUUGCUUCGACUUCGGGGUCCAUACAGAGAAAAAGAUCUCUUUGGAUUUAAUCAAAUUUCUUUCAUUGAAAUUAAUUUCUCUCUUGGAAUGGGGCAAACAAACGGAUGUUUGAUUCAGAAAAUAGGUCAAACAGGAAAACAGUAUCUUUACGUCGGAUGACAUAUUUCUUUUUUUUUUUUUCAUGCAAGUAUUACAGUGGUUGUCAAUCAAUUAUUUAAAUGAAGUAACAUUACGCCGGAAAAAUAUUAACUCUCUAAUGGCAAAGUGGUUUUUUUCAGAGCGUUUUUCCAAGUGUGUUUUACUACAAUUAUUUGAAGUCGGCUAGUAAACUUGAUUUUUUUCAUCUAUAAAUAAACUGAGGAUGAAGUUUUAUAUUAUUAUUUAUUUCUUUUAUCUAUGUUGUGUAUUAAUUGGAUGAAAAAUGAACAAAAUGGACUCCAACCUUACCACCGGUAAAAACUUCUUUAUUUCAGUAGAACAAUAUUUAAUAUGCAACGAAUAAUUUUUUUUUUUUUUUUUUUGGAAAACCAAAUAUCAUUUCCUCCAAAUAAUACUGUUUUUGUCUAUCAAACAACACGAUUUAUUCUAUUGAAACAACAUUUUCAUUCCGACAAAAUGAUAUUUGAUAUUAAAUUACGUUGUUUAUAUCAAGCAAACACGUAUACAAAAUCCAAAGAAACUUUUUUACCGUGUACGAUUCUAAUUUGGGAUCGACUCGAGAUUCGCUCGAGACUCGGCGAGACUCACACGUGACUCUCGAAUCGGAGCACGGCAGGUUUCUUCCAUUCCGAAAAAGCAAUUGUCGGUAUUUACCGCCUCAUGUCAUCUCGGCCCCAGCGAGCGGUACGCAAAAGCAAUAUCUCAUUUCUCGUUAUUGUUGUCGAAGGAGCGCCGCGGAUUUCGCUUCGUUUGAUCAUUCUCGUCACGAGCGCGGGAGAAAGGUGCGCAACGACGCGGACGGAAAUUCUAAUAUCUCUCGACGCGGCCCGAUAUUAAUGUCGGGGGAACAUUUUGUUAUUCCGCAUCUCGCAUAUUUGGACGCGGCGGGAAGAACUGAGGCAAGAAUCACGCGAAACGAGCGAAAUUCCAGCAGUUGUAACGAGGGCUCCCCGGGGAGAGAGAGGUUUCCUCUUCGCGUUCGGCUCGCAGCGAGAGGCGCAUUCGACGAGUAUGGAGCGAGGUCGAGCAGAAAAUGACGUCACUGCCGGUCAUCCUCGCGAUGUUACGCACCGUUCGGAGCGACGGUCUCAUCGCGCGCCUACGUAAUCGUGCAUAAUAAAUAAUAAGCGAAUACUAUAUGUGAUACGGUAGCAAUAUAUACGAUCGAUUAAAACGAGUAGGUAGAGAGAGAGAGAGAGAGAGAGAGAAAGAAAAGAAAACGCGCUACUCACGUUCUAUUCGCGUGGAGAAAAAUAAAAGGAAGAGAGAGAAUGGAUAAUAAAGACGCGCGCCUGUUAGUUUUGAUUUCGAUUUUAUCUGUCGGUUUCAUCUUUGCCAGCAACGACCCCCGCUAUUAAUCAAUCACUGCGAAGUAUCGUGUAUAGUUCGUCCGCUACGAGCUCGUUAAAAACUGCCAACGCCAUCGAGUCCCGUCUCUCUCACACGCGUGCGGGACGAUUCUUAUAUCCCGUGUAUCUUUAAACUCUCCGCACGUUCGAUCGAUCUUAUCGCCGGAAGAACGUGUGCGAACGAAUCGCCGGGACAGUUAUGAAUUGUCUCGACGACGCCCGAGACGAAUUUCCGCUUAGUAGCGCGAAUAUCCACCUUAUAUCCGGUGAUACAGACGGAUUACAUUCGGAUCACAGGAUGCCUUACGAGCGUUUUUUACUUACUUAGCUUAUUUACGCGAUGCGUGCAGUCACACACGGAAGGGGUAUCGCCUUUUUUACUUUUUCCGUAUAAUUUUUCUACGAAGAGAAAUUCCCGCGAAGGAACUCGGCACCGAUUAAAGAAAGAGAGAUGAAACACUCGAACUUUGCUUUUACUACGAUCGACAAUCCCCAUCGUCGAUGCGACUACGUCAGUUCUUCGACACGAUGGUAAAAACCUGUACAUGUGUAUAUUGACCACGCCGCGCGCAGAGGAGGAACGUGUUGAAAGUUACAGAGAUUUUGUAUGUACAUAGAGAUUAUUAUAGUAACGAUGUAACGAUGUUUUGUAUUGAUCUUGCCCGUUUGCCAAAACUUAAGACUAGACUAUAUCGAUAUAUAUAUAGUACCGUUGGAUCUUAUGUACAUCUCUUGUAUAGUGUAAAAUCGUAGAUGAAUUUACGAGACGCGGGGGCGCGCAAUCAGGAGAAAGGGCUGCGGGAACAGAUAUGGGCAGAGUCGAGGAGAGCCCGACGGAUAAUAAUAAUAAGUGAUAAGUUUUCACUGUUACGAGAAGCGUUGUUAUUAAUUGUAAGACACGUGGAGAGGAGCGAGCGCGCACCCCGACAAACCGUAUAGCCGCGCGGUUACACUCUCCGCGGUACGUUGCGCUCAAGUCAUUGCGCGUAACAGUUAUCGCGCAAUUGUCGUAAAUUAAAAAGAAAUCGCCGCCAGACUCUCGCGUCCCCCGAGGUGCGACAAUCGCUUCACACCUUUUACACCACGUCGUCAUCUACGUAAAGUAGGAUCGCGUAGGUGCUUCUUCUACAAAUAUCGUCCGCCGCGCUUAUAAUCGCAUCACGGAGGGAAGCGAAUUGGAGGAAGACGAGGAGGGAGGAUACGAGCCGGUCAGAAGUCGGCUGCGCUUAGCUCGCGAGUUGCUUCCAUCGAUCAACGCGACACGCUCAAUCGCGGCGCGUAAUUUCGCGAUCGAGAGCUUUCUCACGAUCUCGAGAACGAGAUUUCAUUCGCGUGCGGUCCGCCAGAGUGGGCCGGUUUUUUCUUUCUUUUUUUUUUUCAUCGAAAGAUGCCGAGAGGGAGGACGCUAACUGACACGUCGGUCUCGGUGACGUCUGCUAGUUUAUCCGUUCCAUCGAGAGUAAUAAUACGUGUAGUGGACGAUUAUUAUUACGAGAGAAAGAGCGAAAUGGUAUGGAGAAGAGAUGCUUGCGUGCGAGAAAGAGAGUGAGUGAGUGAGAGAGCGAGAGGGACAUACGAGGCGAUGUUGAAAAUUAGUAAACGAGUUUAUGAGAGUACGAAUAUAGACACGAUAGUGAUUUUAUUAGCUCGGGAAAUUACGCAGCAUUCGAUGUAAAGUAAAUUCAUUCUAAUCGUAGACCCAAGGCGCAGUAAUCGCAAUAGAUAAUUUAAGCGAACGAACUUUCGAAGGGAGUGGAAGAACCGACGCGUUUGAAGAAGACUGUCGCAGCGAGAGAGAGAGAGAGCGCGCUCUUCGAGACGAAGCGAUCGGUAAAGACUCGAUCGAGGGAGGAAGGCGCUCAGGGUCGCCGAGUUGCUAGCGAAGGAAAUUCAGCGUUUACGUAGCGGUCUAGUCCAUUUUUCUCGCGUGGUUAACAAACGACAGGAUAUAUAAUGUACAUAAAGUAAAGGAAAUGAGUAAAACGAAGCGAAAAUGCAGAUUCUAGAGAGAGAGAGAGAGAGAGAGAGCACGGCGGUCGCGACUAGCGCGCGUCUCGCUGGACCUUUUUAUAAGCUGAUUUUGUAUUUAUUAGUUAAUUGCGGGGUUUAUAUAGAUGAUCAUCGACACGAAUCAACACACAUAAUUCUUAUCGUCUCUCGGUUCUCGUAUGGUUUCCAGCGAUAAGUGUUAAUUUAUUGACUGUGAAUAGAAAUAAACGA